UGUGGACAAAAGUUUAAAGAUGGCAGCACUUUGAAGACACAUUUGAGUAUUCAUACAAAAGAAUUAUCAUACGAUUGUGAACUAUGUAAAAAGAAGUUUGAAAGUAAUAGCUGUUUGAAAGUACAUCUUAGGAUACAUACAGCAGAAGAACUCUAUAAAUGUGAACAUUGUGGACAAAAGUUCAAAGAUGGCAGCACUUUGAAGACACAUUUGGGUAUUCAUACAGAAGAAUUAUCAUACGAUUGUGAACUAUGUGAAAAGAAGUUUGAAAAUAAGAGCAGUUUGAAAGCACAUCUUGGGAUACAUACACCAGAAGAACUGUACAAAUGUAAACAUUGUGGACAAAAGUUUAAAGAUGGGAGCACUUUGAAGGCACAUUUGUUUAUUCAUACAGAAAAUUUACCAUAUGAUUGUGAACUAUGUGAAAAGAAGUUUAAAAAGAAGAGCAGUUUGAAAGCACAUCUUAGGAUACAUACAGCAGAAGAACUGUACAAAUGUAAACAUUGUGGACAAAAGUUUAAAGAUGGGAGCACUUUGAAGACACAUUUGGGUAUUCAUAUAGAAGAGAUACCUGUAUCAUACGAUUGUGAACAUUGUGAAAAGAAGUUUUUAAAUAAUAGCAGUUUGAAAGCACAUCUUAGGAUACAUACAGCAGAAGAACUCUAUGAAUGUGAACAUUGUGGACAAAAGUUCAAAGAUGGCAGCACUUUGAAGACACAUUUGGGUAUUCAUACAGAAGAGUUAUCAUACGAUUGUGAACUAUGUGAAAAGAAGUUUGAAAAGAAGAGCAGUUUGAAAGCACAUCUUAGGAUACAUACAGCAGAAGAACUGUACAAAUGUAAACAUUGUGGACAAAAGUUUAAAGAUGGGAGUACUUUGAAGACACAUUUGGGUAUUCAUACAGAAGAGGUAUCAUAUGAUUGUGAAAAGAAGUUUGAAAAUAAUAGCAGUUUGAAAGUACAUCUUAGGAUACAUACAGCAGAAGAACUCUAUAAAUGUGAACAUUGUGGACAAAAGUUCAAAGAAGGCAGCACUUUGAAGACACAUUUGGGUAUUCAUACAGAAGAGGUACCUGUAUCAUACGAUUGUGAACAUUGUGAAAAGAAGUUUUUAAAUAAUAGCAGUUUGAAAGCACAUCUUAGGAUACAUACAGCAGAAGAACUCUAUGAAUGUGAACAUUGUGGACAAAAGUUCAAAGAUGGCAGCACUUUGAAGGCACAUUUGUUUAUUCAUACAGAAGAGUUACCAUACGAUUGUGAACUAUGUGAAAAGAAGUUUAAAAAGAAGAGCA